GAUACUCUAUAGUCUGUAGAUCAGUAUAAACCGAAAGACAGAGGGGGAAGGAGAUGGGGAUUGAGAGCUCUGUUUGAACCAAACAGUACCUGUGUAACGAUUGAAAAGAGAGAGCUAAGCGUUGGGUCCUCUUUAGGGAAAUCGCAUUUUUUUUUUAACUUUUUUUAUUUCUUUAUUUUGGGUUUGAUAAAGGGUCGGCUUUAUAGCAUGCCAGUGGUUUUCAUAAAGGAGGGAGCGUCGAAGGGAAACAGAGAGAGAGAGGGAUAAUAGUCAGUAAGUGAGUAAAUAAAAAAUGCAAGAAACGAAGAAGAAGAAUAAUGGAGGCAAUGAAGAUUCUAGGAGGAAGGAAAGACAUAUAGUUACAUGGACCCAACAGGAAGAUGAUAUUCUUCGGCAACAAAUUAGCUUACAUGGAACUGAAAAUUGGGCGAUUAUUGCAUCUAAAUUCAAGGACAAAACAACAAGACAGUGCAGAAGAAGAUGGUACACAUAUUUGAAUUCUGAUUUCAAAAAGGGGGGAUGGUCACCAGAGGAAGACAUGCUCUUGUGUGAGGCUCAGAAAAUAUUUGGUAACAGAUGGACAGAAAUAGCAAAAGUUGUAUCUGGCAGAACGGAUAAUGCUGUGAAGAAUCGGUUCUCGACUCUGUGCAAGAAAAGAGCAAAAUAUGAGGCCUUAGCAAAAGAGAAUAAAAAUUCAUAUAUCAACUCAAACAACAAAAGAAUUCUUUUUCAUGAUGGGUUCAAUGCAGAUGGAACUCCAGAAAAUGCAUUGCCUGCCAAGAAGACGAGGAGGUCCCAUAUCCCUGAUCAUACAGAACACUGCAAAAUUGCAGACAGAUCGCACCCGCAAUGUGGUAAUCAGCAGCCUAGGCCUCCAUUUGCAGUCUUGGCUCAAAAUUUCCAUAAUGUUAAUGUUGUUGCCCAGCAUCCUGCUGUCAAUGCCAAAGAGGGCUCUGUUGAUGCUCAAAACAGUAAAACUGAGGGAACAUUUCUCAGAAAGGAUGAUCCAAAGAUAAUUGCUUUGAUGCAACAGGCGGAGCUGCUCAGUUCGCUUGCACUGAAAGUUAAUACAGAGAACACAGACCAGAGUCUAGAAAAUGCUUGGAAGGUUCUUCAAGAUUUCCUGAAUCAGAAAGAAAAUGAUAUCUUCAGAUGUAGAAUUGCUGACAUUGAUUUUCAACUUGAAGACUUUAAAGACUUGAUUGAGGAUUUAAGAAGUUGUAACGAUGGAAGUCAGCCAUCAUGGAGGCAACCUGAUCUCUACGAGGACUCUCCAGCCAGUUCUGAGUACAGCACAGGAUCAACUCUCAUGCCUAAUACAGUCCUUGAUAAAACAGAACAAUCUCAGGCUGAGAUUAGUGCACUGCAUAAGGAUAUUGAAAAUGAGUUGCAGUCGGUUCAUAUUAAAGAACAAAAUGAUGUGGAUGAAUGUGACAAAGAAAUCAUUUCGUGUACAAGAAUUUCUCAAGCGGAGAUAUUUCCACCUUUUGAUGAACAAGCAAACAAUGAUAUAGUUGUUUCUGCCUCAUCAAGUACAGAGUUCGGUUCACCUCUUCAAGUUACCCCACUUUUCAGCUCUUUAGCAGCAGGCAUUCCCAGCCCAAAAUUUUCAGAAAGUGAAAGGAACUUCCUAUUAAAAACACUUGGAGUGGAGUCUCCUUGUUCCAAUCCAAGCUUGAAUCCAUCUCAACCACCACCUUGCAAAAGAGCCCUCCUUCAAAGUCUAUAACAAACCUCUCUGAGCCUUGUCACAAACAGAAAAUUGUCCAGCCCUAUACCUCAUCUUUAAAUUCCAGGGACAUCACUCAUUCAAUGAGUUCUUUUCCUCUAGUUAAAAGUUCAGUUCCCUAGGAUUGCAGCCGUUAUGGCCCGAAGUUUUAUUAGGAGGCAUAUUAGAUCUGCAUUCCAAAACUUCAUGUCUAGAAUGCAAUGGUGCAUUCUAGCAUCUCAGACACAUCUAACCCGUGAUCUGAGUUCAUUUUUCUUUCUUUUUUUUUUUUUUUUACUAGAAGAGUACAACCCUAAUACUCACAUUUGAUAGUAGUGUGUUUGUUAAUGCGUGUCAUUCUUUUGUUUGUCCUGAUUUGGUUUCGGAUGUUCCGAUCCAGUUUUUGGCCUUUUGAUUCAUCAUUGUACAGAACCUACUAUAUAAGUAUGUAGUCAGAGUGUAAUUAUACAAUGGCAACUCGCCAUAUAUGAUUAAAGAAGCAGAAGAAAGAACAAAAAAGAAAGUUAAAGGAGGAUUAACCAGCUGAUUGGAUUCCGUUUUGUUGUUUUUGAGUGUGCACAUAGGUAUAGAAUAAGCUUUUCUCUUCCUUUUUUUCCCUUUUCUGAUUUCUAAUGUAAUAGAACUUCAUGUGAUGGGAAUGAAAAUAUGUUUUGGUUUUGGUGUGCA